UGAGGCACGCCACAGUUUCCGGCGGUGUAAGAUAAACAGAAGUUUGACAUUGGCCGCAUAAAAAGGUGUUAAACACACACACCGUGCAGUUAACAAUGGCUGCGCUUACUUUAAAUUCCUUAAAACAUGUAAUGAGAGCUAUGGUGGAUAGCCCAGGCUUCGACAGGGUACUUAGCAAGGUGGACAUUUUGUCUGCCAGCCCCGGUAAAGUGGUUUGUGAGAUGCGAGUAGACGAAGAGCACACAAACCGGGGAGGGACGCUGCACGGCGGGCUGACAGCCACACUGGUUGAUGUCGUCUCCACCAUGGCUAUCAUGUACAGUGAGAGGGGGGCACCGGGGGUCAGCGUGGAUAUGAAUAUAACGUACAUGAACGCUGCUAAGAUGGGAGAAGAUGUUCUCAUCACCGCUCAGGUUCUGAAACAGGGACGGAGUCUGGCGUUUGCCACAGUGGACCUCACCAACAAGGUUACAGGGAAGAUCAUCGCACAAGGAAGACACACCAAACACCUUGGCAGCAGCUGAAGCUUCUCACUCUGUAUCUGUCUGUAGUGUCAAAGCAAGAGUGAAGAUGUAAACAGCUUCUCUCUGUCUGUAAAUAAGUUUGUAAUAACAGGAAUCAGUACUUCAGUGGUGGGUGUCACAAAGCUUGUGCUGGUGGUUACUUGAUGUUUAUUUCCUGCUGUUAAAUAUUUGCCAUUAACUGUUAAAUUGACAUCAGUGGUUAUUGUAUGAUCAGAGCCCCUCGUGAUUGAAAGACUGUAUCAAUGAUUCGUGCGCAUGCAAUAAAAGCAAAUGGACAAAGAGUGAUGCUUUCAGAAUUUGCACUGUAUUGGGAUAUGCUCAGCAGUAUUGAUUUGAGAACCAACAGAGAAAAAACUCCAGAAGUUACACGCCUUACAUCCUUUUAAAGUGAACACACUGAAUCAACAAGAAGCAAAAUUAUAUGUGCGUAAUAUUCUUUGACAAGCAAGCCUGCAAAACCCAAUUUAAUUUGAUGAGCAUGGUGGCAAAUUAUCUCACUUUUAGUAGGUCAAAUAAAAAUAAAAGAAUUAGCUUUCAGCAACUUUUGUUAGGUAUGUUAAACAAUAAAUGUCGCCAUUUCAGUUACUCACCAAACCACAUCCCCAAUAAAACAAACAUAAAAACAUCAGAUUUCAGUAGCUCAAAUGAAUAGUGCUUGAACAGUGAACAUGACCCUCAACAUCUAACCAACUUUGUGUGUAAAACACCUUUCAAGUCACUCAAGGUUUUAGCGAAGGCUUGCCUAGCAUGUUUCAGAGGAAAGCAAAUGACACCAAACCAUCUUUGAAAGUCCAGCAAAAUAACUAAGGCGGUUCAUAAGAAGCGAUACCUACACCAUAUGAUUUGACAGAUACUGUUCAUCUCGUUAUCUCUUUGCUUACACGGGUGUUUAAACACCUCUCCACACCUGUCCUCGGUCACAAGACUGCGUAAAGAUGUUCUAGACACCUGUGUGACAUUACAAGCUUUAACAAUCAUUUCUUAUGACAACAAGGAUAUAAAACGCGUCCAUGUGAGAACCACCAUGAUGACCUGUGUAUUGUUUGUUCCUGUUCUGAUGCAACAUAAAGAGUUCCUUCAAUGACCGGUGCUGUUGACAGUGCAGCUCCAAGAGAACAACCAACCACUCAAAAUCAAUGUUCGUGCAGGUUCAAAUGAACAAAAAUAGGUGAGUGAGAAGCAGGGAAUGAGGAGGAAG